UUAGGAAAUUUAUACAUAUAUAAAAUGGCAGCAUUAAUUGAAAAUAAAAAUUUUGUAAUUCCAAAUUCAGCUCCUGUUGCUCUUUUGGAUUGUAGUGAUGCAUUUCGAAGUUUAACAGACAAAGAAAAAAGGUAUGCUCAUUAUAUGGCAAAGGCAUGCAAUGAAGGUGCUCUAAUCGUUCUUUUACAAACUUCUCCAGAGUCACCUGGAAUUUUUUUGAUGUUACAAAGAUUAUUUUCAGAGCAGAGCAUAGAGUCAUUAAAAAAUAGUGCAUUUCAAGCAUGUAGGUCAAUUACAGAUGAUGAUUUUCAGUCUUUGCUUACAUAUGGUGCAGGAUUUUACAGUAAUAUGGGCAACUACAAAUCAUUUGGAGACACAAAAAUUGUUCCAGCAAUAACCAAGGAUAAGUUUCAGGAAAUUAUUUAUGCAAGUGAAGCUUUUAAAAAGUUUCCUUCUUUAAUGGAGUCUUUGUGGUGUAAAGUUUCUAAUCAAAUGUAUUGUUUGGAAAAAAGGCAUCAAGAACUGGGACUUGGCGAAAAGGGUGUAUCAACAUACUAUUCAAGCAAUGUUACUGAUAAAGAUGUUUCAUUUGUUCAAGACUUUAUGAUAGAAAAAGGUAUUAGUCCAUAUAACACUCGUUUGUUUAAACAUGAAAGUGAUCAAGGAGUUAAGUAUGAGUUGCGACUAGCUUCAGCUGCAAGUAGUGAUGUUUGUAUUGAUACCGAUGAUUCUGUAUUCCCGAUUCUUGGUAAAAACAUGUAUAAUGGAUCAGAAAUCAACAUAACACGAGGUGAUUAUGCUCCUUUAUUAAAAAGAGUUAUAGAAAAUCUUCAGAAAGCCAAGGAGUUUGCUGCAAAUACCAAUGAAGAGUGUAUGAUUGAUAACUACAUUAAAAGUUUUAACUCUGGAAGUAUAGAUGCACAUAAAGAGGGCUCACGGUUUUGGAUUAGAAAUCAAGGUCCAAUUAUUGAGAAUUAUAUUGGAUUCAUUGAGUCAUAUAGAGACCCAUACGGUGUCAGAGGAGAAUUUGAAGGAUUUGUGUCAAUGGUGAAUAAAGAAAUGAGCAAAAAGUUCGGACAAUUAGUUGAAAGUGCACCAUCGCUAUUAAAGUUGCUACCUUGGCCAGCUGAGUAUGAAAAAGAUGUUUUUCUUAAACCGGAUUUUACAUCACUGGAUGUACUUGUGUUUGCAGGAAGUGGUAUUCCUGCUGGCAUCAACAUACCUAACUAUGAUGAUAUCCGUCAAAAUGAAGGUUUUAAAAAUGUAUCGCUGGGUAAUGUAUUGCAAGCUCGUUCUAAUGAACAAGAAAUUACGUUUCUCAGUAUUCAAGAUUGUGAACUUUACUCCAAAUACAAGUCACAAUCUUUUGAAGUUCAAGUAGGUUUGCAUGAGCUGUUAGGCCAUGGGAGUGGUAAACUUUUUCACCAGAAUGUAGAUGGCUCAUUUAACUUUGAUAAAGAUAAAGUGAAACAUUUAGAGCUAAAUCAACCAAUUACCAAAUGGUACUUACCAUGUGAAACAUGGGACACAAAAUUUAGCUCUAUGGCAUCAUCUUAUGAGGAAUGUCGAGCUGAAUGUGUUGGUUUAUAUCUUUCUCUGGAAAAAUCUAUUCUUAAGAUUUUUGGGUUUGAGGAGGAAAUCGCUGAAGAUAUACUAUAUGUUAACUGGCUAAAUAUGGUUAGAGCUGGUUUGCUAGGUUUGGAGUUCUACUCACCUGAAAGUAAAAGUUGGAAACAGGCUCAUAUGAAUGCAAGAUAUGUUAUACUGCAAGUUCUCAUAGAGGCUGGUGAAAAUUUUGUUGAAUUACAUCAUACAACAGAUGAAGUUGGGAAACCAGAUAUACUGAUAAAGUUGAAUCGUGAUUUGAUUAAAAGUGUUGGGAAAAAAGCUAUUUCCGUUUUUCUUAUGAGAUUACAACUCUAUAAGUCUACUGCUGACGUUGAAAGCGCUCAACACAUGUAUUCUAAGUACUCAGAUGUAUCUGAAAAGAUGCUCGAAGUAAGAGAAAUUGUGAUGUCUAAAAAGAAACCUAGGUUGAUGUACGUCCAAGUAAAUACUGAAAUAUCCAGUUCAGAUGGCGAUACAAAGUUACACGAGUAUCCGGCGACUUCAGCCGGAUUAAUUGAAUCAUUCAACAAGCGUUAUCCUAACCAUGAUACUGAACUUGAAAAUUUGUGGGUGGCUGAUAUGAAGUUUCAUUUCUACAGCAGCAAUUAGUUUGAAUUUUUUACGUGUAAUAAUGUUAUGAAUAUUAUAAUGUAUUAUAUA